UCACGAAAUUAUUAUUUCCAAAAUGCUACGAAUAAUGUCGACAAUACGUACCAUUAACGCGAAGCAAAAUAGUUUUACUAACAUGAAGUACCAGAAAAUAAAUUAAAUAAUAAUUGGUGAAUGUGAAAUAAGUAAAUAAUUAUUGCAGUGCGGUGAUUUUAAUGUGAGUUACUUUUUGGGGAUAUAUUAUAAAGAGUAAUCAUGUUCGUCCAUGGACCUUAUAAUUGUCGGGAAGAUUCGGAUACAGAAGUUGAAGAAGAUUCAGAAAAUGCAGACCCAUUGGUUUUACUUGCGCGACGAAGGGAAGAAUGCGAACGAAAAGCAAGACGAGGGGAAAUGGAUCCCCGAUUGGAAUUUACAUUUCAGCUCAUAAUGGACGCUACUGGACUUCCCCGUCAAGAGAUAAUGGAUAAUGUAUUUGAAGGAAACAUGUUGGAUGAAAUAAAUCAAAUUUUUCUGCCACAUAUGAAAACAAAACUUAUGUGGUUUUACCAAGAGGUUGAGGAAACUGUUGAACAAAAAGAUUAUGACAUAAGUAAACCCAGUACAAGUCGUCAACUUCAGUCAAGUCUCAGCCGUAGUCAAGUUGGACCCUCAGUUUCAGCCCCUGCUAGAAAAAAGAAGCUGUUUCUCACAGAUGGAUGGGAUGUUCCAUUGACUGGAAUUUGCAUAUACAUUUUUCGACUUAAUGACAGCAAGCAAUUGCCUGAAGAAGGAUUUCACAAGGACCUGUACUGCGGAAUUAUUGACGCUGAAAAGGUGGGCAUGAUAACAUCCGUCGAGCGUAUGAUAGAAUGUGUUUACAUGGAAGCCUUAGCACAUCCCAAUUUAGAAGUCGAAGAAGAGGCUUUGGUUUAUCCAAUUGUUAAAAAUCAACUUUUGCCACAACUUCGAUCAUUCUGUAGCGCAUUAAGAGUAUGCGAAGAAGUUUGUUUGGACAGAAACGUUUUCGAUGACGAAAAGUGUUUGUUGACCGGGUUGAACGUUGAUGAAGUGAAAGAGAUGGCGAAAAGGUCAGAUAUUGUCGACGAACUAGAAGAUAGAGUUAAGCAUUGGCUAAAGAAAUUAAUGGAUGUUCUUAAAGAAAGUGAGCAGAUUAGAAGGGAAAUUGAUACUUCGGGUCCACAAGAUGAGUUGGAAUACUGGAAAAAGCGAGCCGCAAAAUUUUCCCAAAUAGUCAGUCACUUGCAAGCAACUGAAGUUCAACUCACAAUACAGUGCUUAACUUUUGCAAGGUCAAAGGUUCUUAGAAUAUGGCAGGAAACUGAUCACAAAAUAACACGCUGUUACAACGAAGCCAAGGAUAACGCCAAAUUUAUACAAGCACUUGAAAAGAACUGUCACUCUUUAUAUUUAGAAGAUCCGGUGCAAAUGAGAGACUCUAUAUUAGGAUUGAUCCAGACAGUUAGACUAAUUCACAGUGUUUCACAGUUUUAUAACACUUCUGAAAGAAUAUCGGCACUUAUGGUUAAGAUCACAAAUCAAAUGAUAGAAACGUGUAAAGAAUAUAUUACUUGCCGAGGAAAAGAAACAAUUUGGUCUCAGGAUAGGACGAAAGUCAAAGAAAAAUUGUACCAUUGCAUCAGCCUCAACAACGUCUAUCACAGGACUUACCUUGUUAUCAGAAAUCAGCCGUUUAUAACUGAACAAGAGCCCUUUAAUUUUUCUGAAAAUUACAUCUUCGGAAAAUUCGAUGCCUUUUGCAUUCGUUUGGGCAAAAUCAUUAAUGUUUUUGAUCUAAUUGACGACUACACAACCCUAUUUAAGCGAAGAAUGGAAGGAUUAUUAUUGGGAGAAGCUUUGGAAGAAGCCACACAGAGCUUUGACGAAGCCAAAUCAAACAUUGUCAACAAGAACUACAACUACUUAGAACAUCGUAAUGUGGAGUUCGAAACUGAUUAUCAAACCUUUAUUAGAUUAACCGACAAUCUCAAAGAGAGAAUGGGGAAUAUGAUAGAAGAGAAUUUUGAAAGCGUUUGGGAAACUCCGCAAGGAAUUAAAUUUUUAAUAAGAUUUGAAAAAGUGAGUGAUAAAAUCCCUCUAACACGAUUGGAAGAUAAGUACGAUAGGAUUUUGAAGUACUGUGAGGGUGAAGUAGAGCACGUUGUAAAGUUAUUCAAGAAGCAAAGAACUGAUCCUCCAGUACCUAGAAUGUUUCCACCAAUUGCAGGUCGAAUAAAAUGGGCAAAAGGAUUAGUAAAUCAUCUUCAAGAAAUCCUCGAAAAUGUGCUCACGCACCAUAUACUAAAAAAUUUACCACGUACAGUGGAAUUAGCAAGAAAGCAUAAAGCUGCCGAAAAUAUGCUUAAAACAUACCAACAGGACAUGGUAGCCAUUUGGAUGGAUCAGCAUGUGUGGGAUGUUGAUGGCUGCUUACGAAAAUAUCUGAUAGCUAUUGACUCAGAACAGCAAAAAUUAAAGGUGAAUUUACACAGAAGUAUACCACUUUUGAUAAGAGAAUGUGAGCUAAUGUGUAAGAUGGAUCUGCCAAGUCCAAUUGUUGCAUUAACACUUUUUACAAAACAAGAUAGAUUCACUUUAGUCCAAGAUUCAUUGCAGGCGAUGCUGAACAAGUUUAUGAGUGCUGUACGAAGUGUUAAAUAUGAAGUUCGUCCACUGUUUCUUCCCCAUUUGUUGAAGAUAACCAACAUGUUGACACCUGGGUUGAAAGAGCUCACUUGGGUUUCGGCCGAGUGGAAGGAAUUUGUGGAUGAUAUGAACGAAGCUAUCGGUGAAUUUCAAGUUUUGGUAAACAGAGUUCAGGACAUAUAUGAAAACCGAAUAGUAGAGGUGUUGACGAGCAUGCAAACUGUCACUCUGCAUUCUUUACCCGAAGAAAACGAUGAGCCUUGGACUGUUGAAUAUUUUACGGACCAAAUUCAGAAAAAUUGCAGGUCAGGGGCCGAGGAACUGCACCGUAAAAGUUUGAUGGUUGAAGAAGCAGUCGAAGAAAUUUUGGCGUUGGUAAGAAAAUCGCAAGAAGAAGGACUGUAUGACAAUUACGAAAUAUUUCGCGAAGAAGAAGGCCAGAAAACAGGUGUAGAUGCUGAGAGCUUGGCUAAUCAACAACAGACAGAUUGGAGUUUGAUUUGGGAAUGUUUUGAGAAGCCUUACAUCCUCUUGGGAAAUUCCCUGUCUAAACCAAUGCAAGAUAUGGUCAAAGGAGCAAUUGGAGAAAUGAGGCGGUACUACAGCCGCAAAAUAAUUGAUGUUUUAGUUCGCGUAUCAAGACAAUCGUUAGAUGGACUUCGAAGAAGAUUUAUUCCUUCAGAGAAUAAUUCUCCACUAUUCAUCUUAAAUGCCAGCCUUUAUAUACCCAGAGUUAUAGUUCAACCAACAUUGGAAGAAAUUCAAGAGGUUUUGUUGCAAGCUGGUAAAAAUAUAACCCAUGUUGCGAAAGGAGUUGGUCAAUGGACUGGUGGAAGGGCGCAAUCAGGUGCCAAGGUGGGAAGCGUCGUCAAGGAAGAGGACUUGCGAACCAGAAGGAGACGGUUGUACAGACUCACCACCGAGGAAAAACCCGUCAUCCAGUUUCAACAGAAAAACUUCUAUAAUUUCGUUAUGGAAAGCAAGGAAGUUGGAAAAAUGCUGUCCAUGUUGUCCACAUGUUUGCAAGACUUGAAAACGGAAAUGCAAGCAUUUCUUUCCAAGUGGAGGCCGUACAGUGUAUUGUGGCGAGGUGAAAAAACACAAAGAGAACUUUUAAAUUACACCCUUUUAGAAUUCGAAUUGUUACUACAUAAGCAUGACGAACUCCGAAAUCGUCUAGAAACUGAACCAGACGUUUCAGUAAUAGGAGGCUCUUUAGCAAUUUCAACUCAAAAACUCAAAUUCGGACUUUUAACUGAGAUCAAGUCUUGCACUCAUAGAAUUGGUUUGGCCAUGAAGAAGAAAUACAAAAGAGAAAUGGAUUACGUAUACGCUGUCAUAAACGAGAUGGAACGCAAACUAAACAAGCAGAUUAGAGAUUUGGAUGACGUGAGGUUUACUAUGGAUACACUCAAAAAGAUUCGGGAUCAAGAAGUCGAUAUGGAAUUAAAAAUUGAUCCGAUAGAAGAAGCAUUCAACAUACUUAGUAAACAUAAUGUUACUUUGGAGAGAGAACUGAUAGAACAGGUUGACAAUUUGAAAUACACUUGGUAUCAGUUGCAAGCAAAAGCUCAACGUGUUCAUGUGCAACUUCUUGAUAUGCAACCCCAUUUUGAAGAAGAUCUGAAGAAAAACCUUGAGAAAUUUAGACAAGAGAAAGACGAGUACGUAAAAGAGUACAGAACCGCUGGACCCAUGGAGACAGGUCUUGCACCACGUGAAGCAUCUGAUAGACUCAUACUAUUCCAAAAUCGCUUUGAUGGGAUGUGGAGGAAACUACAAAUGUAUCAAAGUGGUCAGGAGCUUUUUGGUCUACCUUUGACCGAUUAUCCAGAAUUCGCCCAGAUCAGAAAAGAGCUAAAUUUACUCCAAAAGCUCUACAAACUUUACAACGACGUCAUAGACCGGGUGAAUAGUUAUUAUGACAUCCCGUGGAGUGAAGUCAAUAUUGAAGAAAUCAAUAAUGAACUGAUGGAUUUUCAAAACAGAUGUCGUAAAUUACCGAAAGGUCUCAAAGAAUGGCCGGCAUUCUUCGCCUUGAAGAAGACAAUUGACGAUUUCAAUGAUAUGUGUCCUUUAUUGGAAUUAAUGUCCAAUAAAGCUAUGAAACCAAGACAUUGGCAAAGACUAAUGGAUGCUUUGAAGCAUACUUUUGAACUUGAAAGUGACGGAUUUUGUCUCAAAAAUAUUUUGGAAGCCCCCUUGUUGAAGCAUAAAGAAGAUAUAGAGGACAUAUGUAUUUCGGCGAUGAAAGAAAGAGACAUUGAAGCGAAACUUCGGCAAGUUACAAAUGAAUGGUCGGUUCACGAAUUAACCUUCCAAACAUUUAAUAAUCGGGGAGAAUUAUUGCUUAGAGGAGACACAACUGCAGAAACAAUUGGACAAUUGGAAGACAGCCUGAUGAUAUUAAGUUCUCUUCUAUCCAAUAGAUAUAAUGCUCCGUUUAAAAGGCAGAUAACCCAAUGGGUUCAUGAUUUAUCAAACACCAACGAAAUAUUAGAACGUUGGUUGUUGGUCCAAAAUAUGUGGGUUUAUUUGGAAGCAGUUUUUGUUGGGGGCGACAUCGCCAAACAGUUGCCAAAAGAAGCAAAACGGUUUUCCAAAAUCGAUAAGUCUUGGCAAAAGAUAAUGCAAAGGGCCCACGAAACACCAGGAGUCGUUUCUUGCUGCGUUGGUAAAGCUUUGUCUAAACUUGAACACCUUAAUUCAGAAAAAAUGUCACACAUUUUGCUUGCAGGUGAUGAUAUGCUGAAGCAACUUCUUCCCCACCUGCAAGAACAGUUAGAGCUCUGUCAAAAAUCCCUUAGUGGUUAUUUGGAGAAGAAACGGAUGAUGUUUCCGAGAUUCUUUUUUGUAUCAGAUCCUGCUCUCCUAGAAAUCCUUGGGCAGGCUUCUGAUUCUCAUACCAUUCAAAAUCAUCUGUUAUCAAUCUUCGACAACACGCGGCAGGUCAAGUUUCAUGACAUGGAGUAUAAUAAAAUCGUGGCGAUAGUGUCAUCGGAAGGGGAGGUUAUUCAAUUGGAAAAAGCAGUUCGAGCCGAAGGAAGUGUGGAAAUGUGGCUGAUGCAGUUGCUUCAAGUCUCGCAAGCUUCAAUUCAUUCCAUCGUUCGGCAAGCUUGGACCAUUAUCAAUGACCAAAACUUCAGCUUGCUGCCAUUUUUAGAUAAAGUUCCAGCACAGGUAGGAAUAUUGGGGUUACAAAUGAUUUGGACAAGAGACGCAGAAUUCGCCCUGUCUCAAGCCAGAGCUGAUAAGAAAGUUAUGAGCGAAACUAACAAUAAAUUCUUAGAACUUCUCAAUACUCUUAUAGACCAAACUACUGAAGACUUAAGCAGAAUAGAGAGAACCAAAUUCGAAACGUUGAUAACCAUUCACGUCCAUCAACGGGACAUUUUCGAUAUUAUGUGUCGUAUCAAUGUUCGGCACGCAAACGACUUUGAAUGGUUGAAACAAUGUCGAUUUUAUUUCAAAGAAGAGGCUGAUAAGACGUUAAUUGUUAUAACAGAUGUAUCUUUCGUUUAUCAAAACGAAUAUCUGGGAUGUACAGAUCGUCUAGUAAUAACUCCUCUUACUGACAGAUGCUACAUUACAUUAGCACAGGCUUUGGCUAUGAGUAUGGGAGGUUCUCCAUGUGGUCCCGCGGGAACGGGGAAAACGGAAACUGUAAAAGACAUGGGAAAAACUUUGGGAAAAUAUGUUGUUGUUUUCAACUGUUCUGACCAAAUGGAUUACAGAGGCCUUGGAAGAAUAUACAAAGGCCUUGCUCAGUCUGGUUCGUGGGGUUGUUUUGAUGAAUUUAAUAGAAUAGAACUUCCAGUUCUUUCUGUGGCAGCUCAGCAGGUUGCUGUUGUUUUAGCCGCCAAAAAAGAAAAACGGAAAAAUUUUGUCUUUACCGACGGAGACACAAUAGACAUGUGUCCUGAACUUGGAAUUUUUAUUACUAUGAAUCCUGGAUAUGCUGGGAGAAAGGAACUACCAGAAAAUCUUAAAAUUCAAUUUCGAACGGUUGCUAUGAUGGUGCCUGACCGUCAAAUUAUAAUACGGGUGAAACUGGCCAGCUGUGGGUUUCUCGAAAAUAUUACAUUAGCUAGAAAAUUUUAUACCCUAUAUAAACUUUGCGAAGAACAAUUGACAAAACAGGUGCAUUAUGAUUUUGGUUUGAGAAAUAUCUUGUCUGUAUUGAGAAGUCUGGGAGCGGCAAAGAGAGUAAAUAACAAAGACACCGAGAGUACGAUUGUAAUGAGGGUUCUAAGAGAUAUGAAUCUUUCAAAAUUAAUAGAUGAGGACGAGCCCUUAUUCACAUCUUUAGUAGCCGAUCUAUUUCCCAAUCAAGUACUGGAAAAAACGGCUUACCCUGAACUCGAAGAAGCCAUUAGUAACCAAGUAGAAGAAGCAGGUCUUGUAAACCAUCCAUCUUGGACUUUAAAACUUAUACAGUUGUACGAAACGCAAAGAGUGCGACAUGGUAUAAUGACUCUGGGGCCUACAGGUGCUGGAAAAACUACAUGUAUUCAAAUUUUAAUGAAAUCCAUGACACAAAUGGGAGAACCACAUAGGGAAAUGCGAAUGAAUCCAAAAGCAAUAACAGCUGCACAAAUGUUUGGACGAUUGGAUGUAGCCACCAAUGAUUGGACAGAUGGAAUAUUUUCGGCAUUAUGGAGAAAAACUUUGAAACUGAAGCCUGCCGAUCACGUCUGGUUAGUACUUGAUGGUCCAGUAGAUAGCAUAUGGAUAGAAAAUUUAAACUCCGUCUUGGACGACAAUAAAACUCUUACCCUAGCGAAUGGCGACAGAUUGUCAAUGUCGCCCACUUGUAAAAUUAUUUUCGAACCCCAUAACAUUGACAAUGCGUCACCAGCAACAGUUUCUCGAAAUGGAAUGGUGUAUAUGAGUUCAUCAGGUCUAACAUGGAAGCCUGUUGUAAAGGCUUGGCUCAAGAAAAGAAACCCUAAAGAACAAGAAAUUCUGCAAGUACUCUUCGACGAGUCUUUUGCCGUAGUGUACUCAUGGAUAACUCAAAAUUUAAACUUGGUCAUGGAAGUUCUUCAAUGUAACAUAACACUUCAGAUAUUGCAACUAUUGGAUGGUUUGAUUCCGGUUAAGGUGGAAGAAGAAGCAGCAAAAUCAGAACAUGGGGAUUUAGAAAGUGAACUUGAUAGUGCAACUCCAAGGUCAGAGCAUGUAGUCACUGAAAUAACCGAUGAACAUAUUCAAAAGUAUUACGUUUUUGCGUUAAUUUGGAGCAUGGGUGCGUUGUUAGAAACAGACGAUCGCGCAAAGUUUGAUGAAUUUUUGAAAGACAAGCUCAGCAAACUUCCUCUACCGUUAAACACCUUAAAGUGCCCUGAUGCUACAGUUUUUGAUUACGUUGUGGACUCUACGGGAGAAUGGGAACUUUGGAGAAAUCGGGUUCCCAAUUACGUUUAUCCAGAAAGUUCAACGCCUGACUAUGCAUCCAUAUUGGUACCGAUACCUGACAAUAUUCGAAUUGAUUAUUUAAUAAGCACGGUAACAAAAUUAGACAAAGCAGUCCUUUUGGUUGGAGAGCAGGGCUCAGCCAAGUCGGUGAUGAUAAAAUCUUACAUGAAAAAAUCAAAUCCCGAAAACUUCCUCCUGAGAGCGUUCAAUUUUUCAAGUGCUACAUCCCAAUAUCAGUUCCAAAAAACAAUUGAAAGCUACGUUGAGAAACGUAUGGGCAACACUUUUGGGCCACCGGGUGGUAAAAAAAUGAUCGUCUUCAUCGACGAUAUAAACUUACCGGAAAUCAACUGUUGGGGCGAUCAAGUAACAAAUGAGAUUGUACGUCAAGUUAUGGACAUGGGAGGAUUUUACAGCUUAGAAAAGCCAGGAGAAUUUACCAGUCUUACCGACAUGCAAUUCGUAGCUGCUAUGGGACAGCCAGGAGGUGGUAGAAACGAUAUUCCAUCAAGGUUGAAGAGACAGUUUUGCAUAUUCAAUUGUCCAUUACCUCCUGACGCGUCUAUCGAUAAAAUAUUUAGCGUCAUCGGACAAGGUCAUUACAACCAAAAACGAGGAUUUACCCAAGAAGUAAGAAAUCUUAUUAAGAAGAUAAUCCCAUUGACUCGUUUGUUGUGGAAAUCCACCAGAGCGAAGCUUUUACCAACGCCUGCGAAAUUUCAUUAUGUGUUUUCUUUAAGAGAUCUUUCCAGGAUUUGGCAAGGAAUGAUUGGGACUCUAGCAACUGUUGUGGAAUCAGAGAACUGUUUAAUGAUGUUAUGGAAACAUGAAUGUACAAGGGUUUUUGCAGAUCGCUUUACGCUGGUAGAUGAUAAAAAGUGGUUCGAUGAAGAAAUGUUGAAUUUGGUUGAAAAGGAAAUGGGACCAGAAUAUAGAAAAAUGGCAGAACCUUCACCAGUAUUUGUCGAUUUCAUGCGAGAUGCUCCAGAACCAACCGGAGAGGAAGGCGAAGAUGCAGACACAGAGUUGCCAAAAGUUUACGAACCUGUCAGUGACGAAAAUGAACUACAAGAAAGAUUGGAUAUGUUUUUAUCGCAAUUUAACGAAAUGGUUAGAGGUAAUGGGAUGGAUCUUGUCUUUUUCCCCGAUGCAAUGCUCCAUUUGGUGAAAAUUUCAAGAAUCAUAAGACACCCAAGAGGCAAUGUCAUGCUUGUUGGUGUCGGAGGAAGUGGAAAGCAAUCAUUAACAAAACUGGCUUCGUUUAUUGCUGGAUAUAAGAACUUCCAAAUUACCAUGACACGUUCGUACAACAUAGGAAACUUUAUUGAAGAUAUCAAAGUUUUGUACAGGUCCUGUGGUUGUCAAGCUAAAGGCACUACAUUCAUCUUCACCGAUUUGGAUAUAAAAGAAGAAGGAUUUCUUGAAUACCUGAACAAUAUAUUGUCAUCAGGGGUGAUUUCCAAUUUGUUUAACAAAGAUGAACAGUCAGAAAUCGUGCAGGAAUUGACGCCUAUUAUGAAGAGAGAAAAUUCAAAAAGAGUUCUUAACCAAGAGGUUGUUAUGGAGUAUUUUAUGAACAGGACCUGUCAAAAUUUACAUGUUGUGUUCUGCUUCUCUCCGGUAGGAGAAAAAUUCAGAAAUAGGGCAUUACGUUUCCCAGCUCUUAUCACUGGAUGUACAAUCGACUGGUUUCAACCGUGGCCCAAAGAUGCUCUUGUCCUAGUUGCUCGUCAUUUCUUAUCCGAUUUCCAAAUAGCAUGUACCGAGGAAGUGAAAGACAGACUGGUUGUUGCACUUGGAUCAGUGCAAGAUAAGGUUUCAGAGACAUCAACUGAGUACUUUCAAAGAUUUCGACGUUCCACACAUGUUACUCCGAAAUCAUACCUAAAUUUCAUCGGUGGAUACAAGAGUAUAUAUCAAAAUAAACAAACUGAAUUAGAUGACGGGGCUUUAAAGAUGGAUAAAGGUUUAGAAAAGCUAGCUGAAGCGUCAACGUCCGUGGAAUUUCUGAAAAAGGACUUAGCAGUAAUGGAACAUGAAUUGGUGGAGGCUUCCGAGAGGGCAGAAAGAGUUUUAACAGAGGUAACUGAUAGAGCUAGCCAAGCAGAAAUAGUGAAAAAUCAAGUACAAAUCGUCAAAGAAAAGGCAGAAGCUUUGGUAUCGUCAAUUGCUGUAGAAAAAGCUUUAGCAGAGGAGAAGUUGGAAGCUGCUAAACCAGCACUGGAAGAAGCCGAAGCUGCACUAAAUACAAUUAAACCAGCACAUAUAGCUACCGUAAGAAAAUUGGGAAGACCGCCUCACCUGAUUAUGAGAAUCAUGGAUUGUGUUCUCAUUCUUUUCCAAAGGAAACUGCAUCCUGUUAUGCCAGAUACAUCAGCACCAUGUCCAAAACCUUCUUGGCCUGAAUCGCUAAAGGUAAGAACUGUGGCUAUGGAAGAUUUAGCAGCUGCUGAAAGAGAACUCGAAGAAAGAGAGCUGUCUCUUAAAGAAGUCAAAGAACAAUACGAAUCAGCAGUUUUAGAAAAAAGACGCUUAACAGAUGACGCUAAUGCAUGUUUAAAAAAGAUGAACACCGCAACAGCUUUGAUCAAUGGCUUAGCAGGUGAAAAGAUAAGAUGGACUCAACAAAGCAAAGACUUCAAAGAACAACUGGGUCGUCUGGUGGGCGAUGUCCUUUUGGCCACAGGAUUCCUUUCGUAUGCUGGUCCAUACAAUCAAGAAUACCGAGCGAAUUUAGUAAAUGCUUGGCUCGAUUUACUACAAAACCACGAAAUACCUCACACCGCUAUGUUAAACAUCGCAGAUAUGUUAGUAGACAGUGCAACUGUUUCUGAAUGGACCCUUCAAGGACUGCCUAAGGACGAACUGUCAGUUCAGAAUGCUUUAAUUGUUACCAAAUCCAGAUCAUAUCCACUCUUGAUAGAUCCACAAAAUCAAGGAAAAAUGUGGAUCAAAAACAAAGAAGCCACCAGAUUGCAGAUAACAUCGUUGAAUCACAAGUAUUUCAGGACACAUUUGGAAGAUUGUUUAUCAUUAGGUAAACCUCUUCUCAUUGAAGACAUUGACAUUGAAUUAGAUCCGGUGUUAGAUAACGUAUUGGAAAAGAACUUUAUUAAAUCCGGGUCAAUUGAGAAAGUAAUUGUCGGAGACAAAGAGUGCGACGUCCUGCCUGGUUUUAUGCUCUACAUUACAACGAAAUUACCUAAUCCUGCUUAUUCUCCGGAAAUAAGCGCAAAAACGUCCAUUAUAGAUUUCACUGUGACCAUGCAAGGAUUGGAAGACCAGCUGCUUGGCAGAGUAAUUUCAAUGGAAAAAUCGGAAUUAGAAUCUGAACGAAUAACUUUGUUUGAAUCCGUGGUCCAAAACCAAUACAGAAUGAAAGAACUGGAAAACAAUUUACUAGUUCGUUUGAAUUCUACCAAAGGAGCUCUGGUGGAUGAUGACGAAUUAAUUAGUGUUCUAGAAGUAACAAAAGCUACUUCCGAAGAAGUUAAUCAAAAACUGAUUAUUUCUGCUCAAACGGAGAAGAAAAUCAACAUUGCCAGAGAAGAAUUCCGACCGGUAGCAGCUAGAGGUUCUAUCUUGUACUUCCUGAUCGUAGAAAUGAGUAAUGUAAAUGUGAUGUAUCAGAACUCUCUCAAACAAUUUCUUAUCAUAUUUAACAACUCUAUUACUAAGUCUACUAAAAGUGGCGAUUCCGAAGAAAGGAUUAAUUAUAUUCUUCAAUAUCUCAACAGAGAGGUGUGGGCCUUUACCCAAAGGAGCUUGUACGAAAGGCAUAAAAUCCUUUUUACACUGAUGAUGGCGAUGAAAAUAGACUUGCACAAAGGCUGUAUUACACACGAGGAAUUUAUGGCCUUCAUCAAAGGAGGGGCCUCUCUCGACCUCAAUGCGGUAGCACCAAAACCUUUUCGUUGGAUUCUCGAUAUCACUUGGCUUAACUUGGUCGAAAUCAAUAAAUUACCAAUGUUUUCCGCAAUUCUUACAAAGAUCGAGAAUAAUGAAAGAGAAUGGAAAAACUGGUACGAAAAAGACAAACCUGAAGAAGAGGACAUUCCGUGCGGAUAUCAGAAAUGUUUGGAUGUUUUUAGAAAGUUAAUUUUGAUAAGAGCGUGGAGCCAAGACAGAACAUUAUCUCAAGCAAGAAAAUACAUCAUGGAUUCAUUGGGACCUGAAUAUGGCGAAAAUCCAAUACUUGAUUUAGAAGCAACAUGGAAAGAAUCUGAACCCCAAACUCCUCUCAUAUGCAUUUUAUCCAUCGGGUCUGACCCUUCACCCCAAAUACAAGCAUUAGCAAAAUCUAAAGAUAUACCACUCAAAGCUGUUUCCAUGGGCCAAGGACAGGAAGUUGUUGCAAAGGAUAUGAUCGAAACAGGAAUGAAACUAGGAGGCUGGGUGUUACUCCAGAACAUACACUUAUCCCUUCCGUUUGCAACGGACAUUUUGGCAAUGAUCAACGAAGCAGAUAACAUGGAGGGUUCUUUCCGUUUGUGGUUGACGACUGAAGUUCAUCAACAAUUUCCAAUUGGUCUGUUACAAAUGUCAAUUAAAUUUACCAACGAGCCACCGCAAGGGAUCAAAGCAAGUUUGAAAAGGACUUACCAAAAUAUCACGCAAGACUUUUUGGAUUAUUCCACUCAACCUCAAUGGCCACCAUUAUUGUAUGCCGUAGCUUUUCUGCAUACCAUUGUACAAGAAAGAAGAAAAUUUGGACCUCUAGGGUGGAACGUCCCUUAUGAGUUCAAUCAAGCAGAUUUUGCUGCAAGUGUGCAGUUCAUCCAAAACCAUUUGGACGAUAUGGAUCCAAAGAAAGGAGUGUCAUGGCCAACUGUGUGCUAUAUGUUGGGGGAAGUCCAGUAUGGUGGAAGGGUCACUGAUGAUUAUGAUAAGAGGCUCCUAACAACAUUUACUCAAGUGUGGUUUUGUGAUAUUCUGCUCCGUCAGGGAUUUGAAUUUUACAAAGGAUAUAAAGUUCCUCAAACGAGAAAUUUACAAGGAUAUUUGGACUACAUAAACGGUUUACCAACUACAGAUACACCUGAAGUUUUUGGAUUGCAUACAAAUGCUGAUAUCACAUACCAAAUUAACACUGCAAAAGGAAUUUUGGAUACUAUACUUAACGUUCAACCCAAAGAAGGUGGAGGGGGUGGGGGUGAAACUAGGGAGAGCAUCGUUUACUGUUUAGCAGAUGAUAUGCUGGAAAAAUUACCCAAACAAUACAACGCCUUUGAAGUCAAAGAAGCUCUUCAAAGAAUGGGACCGUUGCUACCCAUGAAUAUCUUUCUGAGGCAAGAAAUUGAUAGAAUCCAAAGGGUCUUAAAAACGGUUAAAACAACUCUUUCUGAUUUAAAACUGGCAAUUGAUGGAACAAUUGUAAUGAGUCAAAAUUUAAAGACCUCACUUGAUGCCAUGUACGAUGCCAGGAUACCAGACAUAUGGCAAAAAAUUUCAUGGGAAUCUGCAACGUUAGGUUUCUGGUACACUGAACUUUUGGAAAGGGAUAACCAGUUUCGGAAUUGGUGUAAUAAUGGAAAACCGAGUGUGUUUUGGAUGACAGGAUUUUUCAACCCACAAGGAUUUUUAACCGCUAUGAGACAGGACAUCACAAGGGCUCAUAAGGGCUGGGCCUUGGACUCUGUGGUCUUGCAAAACGUCAUCACUCGUUACGGUAAAGAAGACAUAAAAGAAGGACCGAAUGAAGGAGUUUACAUUCACGGAUUAUUCCUGGAAGGCGCUGGAUUGGACAGAAAGACGGGUAGACUGGCAGAAAGCAAACCGAAAGUUUUGUAUGAACAAAUGCCUGUGAUAUAUAUUUACGCAAUAAAUACAACCGGUGGAAAAGACACGAAAUUGUACGAAUGUCCCAUUUAUAGAAAACCCCAGCGCACCGAUCAAAAAUACGUCGGGUCUAUUGAUUUUGAAACCGAUCAUAAUCCAAGACACUGGACGUUGCGAGGGGUAGCACUACUAUGUGAUAUUAAGUAAACGUUUUAAAACAUGUACAUGUGUCAGUACCAUUGUUGAAAUGGUUAGAUACAUACAUUAGAAUCUUUUAAAAUAAAGUGUUGUUGUAUUAGAUGUGUAAAAUAAUACAUUACAAUAAAUUAAA